AGCUCAGAGCAACUCGAUCAUCCGCCUGCCCGGCUGUGUGAAGCAGAGGAAAAGGAGCUCGACGCGGAGAGACUGAGAGAGGGGCAGCCAUCAAACGGAAUAAUAUCAAAAUAAAGAAGAAGAACAUUAUCACGGACAUCUGACCGGCUCUCCGGCGGCUCAUAUUUCAUGGUUGUUUCGAGAGGAAGCGACGGAGACUAAAAGGGAUUACAGGCUGAAGGCGCUGCGCUUAGCCGGCUCGUCGGGAUUUUCUCUGCAGACCCGGAGCUCCAGGCUUGCGGAUUCAAAGACUAUCUAGCUACCGUGUAGCUCAAGGAACAGGAUACAUCUUGAUAUUUGGAUAUUAUUUUAUUUCUGGAGCGCCCAUUUGAAAUACUUGAAUGAACGCCAAUAGGCUUUGGGGUUCCUGGUGCUAAAGACAGAGGCGUUGGACAGUACAUUCAUUCUCAGUGAGUGAGGCCCUCUCUGUGCUGCAGUGGAGGGCUUCACACACUCCGCUAGUCUGGCUGGAUGCAUCACGCAGUAGAGCAGUUCGGCGGGCGUGGCACACGGGACUCCUUCCCUCUGGACGGACUCAACCGGGGACCAUGGGCUCCCGUGGGCGGCCGCGCCUGGCAGCCACCUGCGAGGUGUUCGCCUGGAAUGAACCAACACCAGCUCCUUUCCCAUCUACCUCCUGGUCCUAUGGGCGGACUCAACCAUCCCAGUAAAUUAUUUGGAAAUGGGCCAAUGCGUGGAGGUGAGAAGCUUGAGCUUCCCCAGCAAAUGGUACCAGGUGUGCAGAGGGAGCAGCAGAGGGAGCAGCAGAGGCCUCCUCCUCAUCAUCUUCACCCUCCACCCCCCCACAGAGCGUGGGAGCAACUAGGUCAGCUGUAUGAUUCCCACCUCCCUCCUCAAGGACAUCCUGGCGUGCCACUGCCAAAUGAGCACUCACUUCGCCUCCAUAAUGGCGGCUAUGCAGGCAGCAGCGGCCCACCCCCCAACCCCCAUCUAGCCCCCAACACCCAUCUACCCUCCAACCCCCAUCUACCCUCCAACCCCCAUCUACCCCCCAACCCCCAUCUACCCCCCAACCCCCAUCUACCCCCCAACCCCCAUCUAGCCCCCAACCCCCAUCUAGCCCCCAGCAGGCCAAACCAACAGCUGAAGGUGAGUGACAGUGCUGCAGGUGACACUGUGGUAGUUAAACAGCUUUUCCCUAGAUGA